AUGGCUGUCGAAGAACCUGUAAUUGACCAAGAAGCUCAAAAGCUCGAAGAAUAUGAACCAAGACAAAGCGCAUCAUCCGCUUCUGCCUUGAAGAACCAUGCUAUUGCUGUCCUCGGUGAAUUCUUUGGUACUUUCAUUUUCUUAUGGACUGCGUUUGUCAUUGCCCAGAUUGCCAACCAAGAUCCAACUAUCCCAACUAAAGGAUCUGACCCAAUGCAAUUUGAUUAUGAUUUCAUUUGGUUUCGGUUUUGGUGUCAUGGUUAGUGUUUUCCUUUUUUUCAGAGUCUCUGGUGGUAACUUGAACCCAGCUGUUACUUUGACUCUUGUCUUGGCUGGUGCCGUUCCACCUAUCAGAGGUGCCUUGAUGAUGCUUUCUCAAAUGAUUGCCGGUAUGGCUGCUGCAGGUGCUGCUUCCGCUAUGACUCCAGGUCCAAUUGCUUUUGCCAACGGCCUUGGCGGUGGAUGCUCCAAGUCCAGAGGUGUCUUUAUUGAAGCUUUUGGUACUGCUCUCUUGUGUAUCACUGUGUUAUUCAUGGCUGUUGAAAAGCACAAGGCCACCUUCAUGGCUCCAUUUGCCAUUGGAAUUGCUCUUUUCCUUGGACAUUUGAUUUGUGUCUACUACACCGGUGCUGGAUUAAACCCAGCCAGAUCUUUCGGUCCAUGUGUUGCCGCUAAGAGUUUCCCUAACUACCACUGGAUCUAUUGGGUUGGUCCUGCUUUGGGUGCUGUUAUUGCCUUUGGUAUCUGGAAGAUUUUCAAGCUUUUGGACUACGAAACCUGUAACCCAGGUCAAGAUGCUGAUCAU